UCUCUCACACACACACACACACACACACCCUCAUUGCAGUGGGCGCUUCGUCAGUGAAUGAACGUCCCAGCUCCUCCUCCUCCUCCAUUACCUCAUCUCCACGGAUUAACUCUCCAACUUAUACUCUAAUACCGCGUUUGACUUCCCUCCUUAAUAUCUCCUCCUCCUCCUCCUCCUCUCCCUCUCCUCUUCCUCCUCCUCCUCUACUUGUCCCUCUAUCUACCGCUCUCAAUCCGCCCUCAUUCAGUCAUCCUCUCCUCACCCACGAGUUGGAUGUGAGGACUGAGGACCCAGGCGUUAGGGUUCUCAAGCGUAUCCAGCGUGCCAAGUCAUCCCUACCCUUCGUCGGCGUCUCUUGCGUCAUCUUCAUCGUCGUCAGUUUCGAAGUUGUGAAGUGGUGAGGUGAAGUGACUGACGUGUGUGAGGUUGUUCUGCUCCUCCUCCUCCUCCUCCUCUUGUUGGUGGUGCUGCUGUUUCUGGAGGGCAAGUGAAGAGAAAAAAAAUACAAGACUUGACCUCCAGCAACACCACCACCAUCACCAUCACCAUCACCAUCACCAUCACCACCAUCACCUCCAUCAUCACCAUCAUCAUCACCACUUGUCCUCCUUCAUCACCAUCCCCGGCAUUAUCUUAACCCUCCCUUACCUAUUCCCAUCACCACCAUCACCACCACCAACACACACACACACACCAUCUAACCAUCCCCAUCCUCACCCUCCCCUCCAUCACCACCACCGCUCACCACCACUCAUCACCAGUCAUCACCACGCCUCACCACCACCACCAUGAUGGCCCUGUGGCUGACGAAGGUUGUGGUGCUGGUGUUGAUGGCGGUGUUGACGUUGAUGGCCUGUUUCUCGCCCAUCCUCGUUCGUCGCGUCGCCGCCAAAGCUCUUAGGCAGAAUGGCAUGAAGAUAUUCAUGAGCGGGUGCCUCUGCUUCGGCGGCGGCGUGCUGCUGGCCACCGUGUUCCUGCACCUGCUGCCGGAGACGCGCGCCUCCUUCGAUCACGCCAGCGCGCUGGGCUACAUGCCGGAGAUGCAGUACCCCUACACGGAGCUGAGCGUGUGCCUCGGCUUCUUCUUCGUGUACGUGGUGGAGGAGGCGGUGCACUACUGCCUCAGCAUGGGCCAGGGCCACCACCACAGCCACCUCGAGAAUCUACACUCGCACCCCAACCACAACCACAAGGCCGGCGUGCACGAGACGCAGCUUGACGACCCCAGCCUCGAGAAGUUCCUGCCCGAAACGGAGUCCAGCGACGGAGACAAGGCGGCGGCGGCGGCGGGGAAGGACACGAAGGUGGCGACGUUCCGCGCCGUGAUGGUGGUGGUGGCGCUGUCGCUGCACAGCGUGAUGGAGGGCCUGGCGCUGGGCCUCAUGCACACCAACAAGGACGUGUGGGUGCUGUUCGCCGCGCUCUCCGCCCACAAGCUGAUCAUUGCCUUCUGCAUGGGCAUGGAGCUGCUCACCGUGGGCGUGACGCGGCCCGCCUUCUUCACCUCCCUCACCAUCUUCUCCAUCGCCUCGCCGCUCGGGGGCAUGGUCGGCACCCUCGUGAUCUCGUACACCACGCAGACUAACGCGGUGGGCGUGCUGGUGCCCACGGUGCUGCACGGCCUCUCCGCCGGCACGCUGCUCUACGUCACCUUCUGCGAGAUCCUGGAGCGGGAGCGCAGCAACUCCGAGAACCAGACGGUGAAGCUGAUGGGCCUGCUGGGCGGCUUCCUGCUGAUGGCCGUGCUGCAGGUCAUCGACGUGCUCUACGCGCCCGAGGAUCCCAUGCUGUCCUCCCACGAAGAAUCCGGGGCCGCCUCCCUCCUGCUCUCCACGCCCUACCCCAUCCUCGACCUGAACCCUUCCCCCGGCCCCGUCACGCAGCCCGCCUUCUAACAGCGCUACGCCGCUGCCUUAUUGAACACUGCCGCGGUUGCUGCGUGAGGCGCCGUAGGGCGAUCUGUGAUGGCACACACACACACACACACACACACACACACACACACAAACACACACCUCGCGUCGUACUCUAUGUAACGUUAGGCUUCAAAAGAGAGGAAAUAAAGGCUCUUCAAACCUGCCACACCCUCGACGGUGAACUCGCUCAUUUCGGAACCCAGGAGGUGUGACGCCCUGCCUGGCUGCUGCUGCUGUUGCUGCUGAUGAUGAUGAUAAUGAUUUUGAUGGUGAUGCAUACUCAAGGAUAUAACCAUUUUCUCUUUCCUUCGCUUCCUUUCCACUCAUCCCUUAAUUUCCUCUUCUCCUCCCCUUCACUUUAUCCACACCUCUCCCAUUUCUUCUCCCACCCCUUAUCUCCAUACCUCCACCUGUUCACCCCUUCACUCUUCCUCCCAUCACCCCUUUUUCUCACUCCUCUCCCCGCCCACCCAAUCCACACUUCUCUGCCUCGCUAUCCUUUUUAAUUUUUUUUUGAGGGUGCACCCGGUUGAAUUCCUGCCAUUGUUCCCUGGGUAGCAGUAGUAGUAGUAGUAGUAGUAGUAGUAGUAGUAGUGGUAGUAGUAGAUGCAGCAGCAGUAACAAUAUAAGUAGCAGCAGCAUCUUGGACAUACCUGACGAAUACUCUUCAAUAACUUGGUCAUCAGUAUACACACACACACACACACACACACACACACACACACACACACACACACACACACACACACACACACAGAGGGAGAGCAGUGCCAUGGCUAUUCCUUUGUGUCACUCAUAAUAAUUCUUGUGCUCAUUAUCACUUCAUAGAAUAUACAAAAAAAAAAAAAAAACUGACUUAACAUUCCAAUUUUCAUACAGGAAUAAUAAUAAUAAUAAGGGCAAUAAUAAUGGUAAUGAUGAUGAUGAUGAUAAUGAUAAUGGUUGUGUUUUUAUUGUUGCUGUUAUUGUUAUUAUCAUUAUCAUCAGUCAGUAAGAAAGGGUUGGAGAGAAGAAAGAAAUGGUUUUUUAAAUAAGGGAAAAGGAAGGGAAAAGCGGAGGGUAUUUAAGUGUUCAUCUACAUAAGGAUGGUUGUUUGUGUGUAUGUUGGUAUGUAUGUGUGUAUUUAUGUGUAUAUAGAUAGUGACCCCCCCAGGGACUAACGCUACCCCCUCCACCCAUGUGCUAGUCUCAUAAACUCAUUUGAAGCUAUAAAAACAUGUUCAUAUUAUCUAGGCAAAUAAGCUCCUCCCCCUUCCCUUUAAAACGCACAACACUGGCCAGUCCACAGGCAGGCCACGCCCAUUCUGUGACGUAGGCUGAACGUGAUUGGUGGAUGCAGUGAAAGGUUAAAAGUCAUUGUUUCUUGCUGGGCUGUCUUGUGGGCGGGGUAUAACACUACCCAGUCCACAAGCCACGCCCCUCGCUGACGUAGAUUGCAUGUGAUUGGUGGAUGCUGGGGAAGGUUGAGGCUCAUCGGUUCUUGCUGGUGUGUUUUAUGGGCGGGGCUUCGUUACCAAGUUAGUUUGAACAAGAGUAAAGUCAAAAGUUAAAGGUCUCCGUGGAUGGCAAGGAGAGGAAGGAAGAAAGAAAGAAAGGAAGGAAGAAAGAAAGAAAGGAGCAGGGAAGGAACUUGUAAGAUUGACUGCAUUGUUUACGUAAUUUCUUGAUUGUUCAGUUCUUGGUUAAGGAUAAAUAAAUAAUGUGUCAUAAAAGGUAUAGUAUGAAGCAAAGAGCCUGCUUAGUUUAUGAGGAAGGAAAGAACGGAGUAACUGAUUGGUGAGCUCUUGUUUUCUAGGACGGAAGUAAGAUGUCACACUGAUAUAGGAAUGGACUCAGCGUAAAAAGCCUGCAUGGAGGAGACGAGGAAGGAGAGAACGGAAUAACUGACUUGCUCUUGGUUAAUGAAAUAGUGUAAAUAAGAUGAUAAAACGCUACACUGAUAAAGGAAUGGACUCUAAAACGUUGGAAGUCUGCGUGAAGGACAUGAGGAAGGAAUGAACGGAAUAAAUAACUGAUUGAUUUGCUCUUGGUUAAUGAAAUAGUGUAAAUAAGAUGAUAAAACGCUACACUGAUAAAGGAAUGGACUCUAAAACGUUGGAAGUCUGCGUGAAGGACAUGAGGAAGGAAUGAACGGAAUAAAUAACUGAUUGAUUUGCUCUUGGUUAAUGAAAUAGUGUAAAUAAGAUGAUAAAACGCUCCACUGAUAAAGGAUUGGACUCUAAAACGUUGGGAGUCUGCGUGAAGGACAUGAGGAAGGAAUGAACGGAAUAAGUAAUAAGUAAGUAAUUGAUUUGCAGUUGAUUAAUUAAAUGAUGUAAAUAAGAUGUUACAAGGAUACACUGUCAAAGAAGUGGACUCUAAAAAGUUAAGAGCCCGCGUGGAAGGCAAAAUUAAGAAGGAAAUAACGGAGUAAUCUUAUUUAGCUUCGUUGGUUGAUGAUAUGCAAGUGAGAUGUUAAAUGUUAAAUGUACAUAGGAUUUCUCUAAUGGAUUGUUGAUUAGCUUAGUUGAUUGGUGAAUGUAAAUAUGACGUAAUACUUUAAUUGGGUAGUUGUGUUAGAGGUUAGAUGUACAUAUAUAAGACUUUCGUGACGUUAGGCUGAAAAAUAUAAACUAGUAGGCUACGUUAAUGUGAAAAAAAUGUAUGAUAGGAAAAAAUAGAUUCUUUGGAUGAAAUAAAGUUGUUGAAAGUUUGUGCA